AUGGAUCCACAGCUGCCGCUGUCCGCAAAGCCUGGGCCAAAGCGCCGCGGACCCCACGUGCUCGUGCGCGCCCUGGCCAAUGGCUCGAGCGGCGGCGGGGCUGGACUCAACGGCGGCGGUAGCGGCAGCGGGCGCUGUUGUUUUGGGCUUCCAGUUGCUGCGGCGCUAUUCUACGUGGCUUUGGGAGGAGCGCUGG